AUUAAUUAAAAACAUGAAAAAAAAUUUUCAAUUAAUAGUGUAACAUACAUGGUUCAUAUUGCCAGAGCAUCAAUGGCUUCUAGUUGGGCUUUUGUCUGAGGCUUCCAUAAUCAUACCUCAGUCAUGGCAUACGCUUCUUCAUCAACAUGGAAAAUUCCUGCUACAACAGCUAAAAGGGUCUCUGAUUCUACCAUUUCAGGCUAUUUUCUCUUCUUCUCCACCAUUCAUAGCCCUCAACAAUAUAAAAGAUCUCGUUUAACUACUUUCUCAGCUGACCCCUCUUCUUCUUCUUCUUCUUCUUCUUCUUCAAGCUCCUCUUGUUCUACUUCUAUCAAAAAGUUGCCUAACAGCAAGAAACCAUUAAAAUUUGCAGAAACCUCUGAUGGGUCUUUGUCAAUGUUGUAUUCUGAUGAGUCCACCGCUGCACUUGAUGAGGAGGAGGAAAUCGUUUCGGAGAAUGUUAAGAAGAAGAAGCAGCCUUUCUUGAGGGAGAUUUUGUUUGCCUCUGACAAGAUCAGGAGUAUUCUCUUGCUUAAUUUCAUCACCAUUGUCUAUGCAAGUAACAUUCCAGUAGUGAAAGCUGUUGAAGCUAUGAUGGAUCCUGCAGCCUUCUCAGCUAUGCGGUUUGUGAUGUCUGCAAUCCCACUUUUACCAUUUGUGUUUCAAGCAAGAGAUGAUGUUAAGAUCCGCAAUGCAGGGAUGGAGUUGGGAUUAUGGGUCAGUUUAGGGUACCUUAUUGAGGCACUUGGACUACUUACAUCUGAUGCUGGCCGUGCAUCAUUCAUUUCUAUGUUUACGGUUGUUGUAGUACCACUGCUUGAUGGAAUGUUAGGAGCAAUAAUACCUGCUCGUACUUGGUUUGGAGUUCUCAUGUCUGCCAUUGGAGUUGCUAUGCUGGAAUGCAGUGGAUCUCCUCCAAAUGUUGGUGACCUUUUGAACUUUUUGAGUGCAAUUUUUUUUGGAAUUCAUAUGCUUAGAACUGAACAUUUUUCAAGAAUUACCAAGAAAGAGAACUUCUUGCCUCUUCUUGGAUAUGAGGUAUGUGUUGUCGCUCUGUUAUCCACAAUUUGGGUUAUAGUUGGGGGAUGGUUCCAAGAGCAGGACCUAUCACCAUGGACAUGGGCAGUGAUGUGGAACUGGAUUGUUGCAUUUCCAUGGAUCCCUGCUCUUUAUACUGGAGCAUUCUCAACUGGAUUAUGCUUAUGGGUAGAGAUUGCUGCAAUGCGUGAUGUUUCAGCAACAGAAACAGCGAUAAUUUAUGGGUUAGAGCCAUUGUGGGGUGCUGGUUUCGCUUGGUUUCUUCUUGGUGAAAGGUGGGGAACGGCUGGAUGGUUUGGGGCAGCUCUCGUCCUUGGUGGAAGCUUGAUAGUGCAGAUAUUUGGAACCUUAACGCCCAAUUACGAAUCAAUAAAGGUUGGAAAGGAUAAAGAGAAAGAUGAUCUCCUCCUGGUUCCAGAUAAGCAAAAACUGCAAAAUAGCCUCUCAGCUUCACCAGUGGUUGUCAGGUCAAGGAAGGAUAUAAUUGAUAUGUUGAAAUGAUCCCAUCUACUAGCAUUUCCUUAAAUUUGUAUGUAUUUUCAUAAAAAUAAAAAAAUAAAAAAAUUGCAUAUGUAUAUAGUGAUGGCUUAACAUGUAUGUUUCCCUUGCAAAGUUCUGGAGGUGUUUUGCUAUUCCCUCCUAUAAUUCAAGAUCUCAACUAUUUUGGAUUCA